GAACGUGUUUGUAAAUUAAUACUGAUAACCAAGUUUUAAAAUAAUAUUCGAAAUGUCUAAUCGCUAUAUAUUACCAAUAAGUUUUGUUUGGGACAAAUAGCAGUUAGAAAGGAACGAUUGUUUGAAUGCUGCUUCCAACAGGAAAAAAUGGGCACAGAACAUUGUUACGUCAUUGCUCCCAUCUAGAUACCUUUGUGACGUCUUUAGGCCAAUCCACAUACUAUAUCAGGCGAGCUAAAUACUAUUGGUGACGUCAUCAGGUGAGCUAAAUACUAUUUGUGACGUCAUCAGGCGAGCUAAAUACUACUUAAUGUCAACAGAAAGGACUACAAAGCCUUGUUGUCUGUCAAGUCGUUCUCCCACCAUUACCGGAACAAUUAACAAUUAUAUCUAAACAAUGGUUAUACAGCAAUAGAAAUAGUAAACUUUUUGUCAAAUGAAUUCAUUUUAAAUAAUACAUAUUGUAUACAUUGAGUAUCGUUUCCUGUGCAUUUCGGUAAUAUGCUUAUGAUUAGGAUUAUCGAUUGUAUUUCUUGUAGCCCAUGUUGCUAUUCAUGGAUAUUUAUCUAAUUUACAGAAGGGAGAAAAAAAUUGUUAUAUAACGUUUUGUUACAUUAUAAAUAUAUGGGGAGCAGAAAACUAGGGUGUAGAGUCCAGAGUUUAGAACUCAGAACCAGAAACUUUUGUUUUCAUUUUAAUUUUUCACCGUCCAGUAAGAAAUAGCUAUCCUCCAUACUUACAUAUCACAAACUAUAAACCUCACCUGGAUGAUUCGCAUAGGACAGGUGUAACAUUUACAGGUAGAUGAGUACUAUACCUGUACCAACAGCACACCAAUAAGUUACGUAACGACAUUCUAUUCUCUGUAUCAACAAUCAACAGUCCUUCGUCUUCGAUCCGUCAACUCUCAAUACAAUUAAUGAAUAUUCGGCGCUACCUUUGAUUUUUGUUCAAUAGUGUUCAGGUUUUGUGAGAUGCACCAUAUAUUAAGAAAUACAAAUAUACAUUUUAACAUAGGAGGAGAGCUCCCAAACAACACAUGAUCGAACAUAUUUUUCUUGAGUUCUAACUAAAUACGCUGUUCUCGGUGUCGGUCGUUGUUGUCCCUUACAAUAUAAUCAAACUCAUGUGGGAGCUUAUGUACACUGGUAAACAGUGUAAGAUAUUUGAACUCGAAGGUUUGUCUUUGUGACACGAUUAUUGUCUACAACGACUCGUGAUGCGGUCUAUAGAAAGUAUUCGCCUGGGGAUUCCUAUUUAUAGUCAUUAAUAUGGCGGCCAUAUUUAAAGAACUAUAGACAGUUUGAAUACUUAUUACACGCUAUACGCAGUACAGACCAGAGUCGUAGAUCAGAGCCUCAGCCAUGCGAAGACGUAGACAUAAUUUCAGACCAGUUAUGUUGGUCUGGAAACAUCCUGGGAAAAUAUGUUCAGUGUUAAUACUGGCUGUAGUGUUUGUAGUGAUUUACCUUUCUACCAGAGACAUUGACACGAUCGACAAUACUGCCAGCAUCAAUUUUCAGAGGAGGUUCAUAAAACUAUUUGAUGCAGAUCAACGAACAAACAAUAUCAAUAGUAUAAAACGAACCAGACCAACACGCCUUCCCAUAGAGAAACCUGGCCACAACGGAGGCAAACGAGUAAAGCAAGAAAUACAACAUCACGAUCAAGCUAUAUAACCAGGUGGGAGACACAUACAGUCAGCAAGAUCGUGAUUCAAACCGGCAAAGAGGUCAACAUAAAGAUAGUGUUCAACAGAAUCAACAUCAAGAAGUUCAACGUAAAAAUAUAACCACACAGGAUCACGUCGACCAGGAUCACAGCGGCCUAGACGACGAUCCAAAGAAAGGGGUCAUUUUUACACCUAAAAGGUAUCCAAUGCCUGUGAAUAUGACCGAUAUCUUAAGACAAUAUCAUAUGAAAGGCUCUGCUGAUGAACAGCCAACAAAUUCGUUUGAUUAUCGCUAUAUUAUCAGCCCUGAUCAAACGUGUAACCAACCGGAUGCUGCAAGAGUGUUGUUUAUAGUAAAGAGUAGCCCUGAACACCAUUUACGACGAGUGACUAUCCGUGAAACUUGGGGAAACAGUAAACGAUUUCCGUCGAUAAGAACCAUUUUUUUGUUUGGGAUUCCAAAAAAUGGUAAAUUGUUACUAAAUCUACAGGACGAGUCAGUGACAUAUAACGAUAUAGUUCUUGUGGAUUAUACUGACAGUUAUUAUAACCUUACCCUAAAAACCAUUACUGGAUUGAAAUGGGCGGUUACCCAUUGUGCGCGUGCAAAAUACGUAAUAUCCAUUGACGAUGAUGUGUACGUCGCCCCUGACUUGCUACUUAGGUUUCUUGACAGGCCUAAUAUAAAGAAAGAAGAAACUGUUUUCUCCGGCCAUCUCUUGGUCAACACGGAGCCCAUUCGGGACGUGCAUUCAAAAUGGCAAGUGCUAAAAUCUGAAUACCCUUUUAAGAACUAUCCUAAUUAUAUUUUCGGAGGAUUCGUCAUCAUGUCGAUGUCAACAGCGAGGGACUUCACAAUAGCAGCGAUGUAUACCAAAUUGUUUAAAUUUGAAGAUGUGUAUUUAGGAAUUCUAGCUGCUAAAAUCGGAAUAGAGGCGACUAAUAAUGGGUAUGUUAAUUCUUGGAAAACGGUCACUGUUUCAGAGUCAUUUAAAACACUCAUCGCCUCCCAUUAUUACACUGACCCAAAAGAUUUACAAAGAGCAUGGGAUUGUCAUUUAAGUAUACUAGACCAGGACGAUGAAAAGGCUAUUUUCUGUGAUUAUAUCGGUGAUCGUCUACGUAAGAUACAAUCGGAAAUAAACAGUGUCAUUGGAUGGAUGGCAGCCGUUAAAAGUUGGACAUGAAUGGACAUGAACGGACACAAUGGUUCCGAUAUUAUUGAAUUCCGGAUCAUCUAUCUUGUCUUCGUUCCUAUUUAUGUUGUUGAUGUUUUACCUAACACUUAACCAAAUGACCAUGACGGCUACGAGGGAGUUAAACCCUGCAAAAAAUCAAGUGAAAUGUUCAUCGUUCACCGCGUUGUAGUUCAAAUAGAAAAAAAAUUUAUUUAAUAAUUAAUAAAUGCUUACCUUAAUUACAUGUUUUCGUAGCUAUUCUGAACGAUAUAUCAAAUAUAUAUUUAUUAUGGUGUCCUGAUUAACAACCCUAAGGCUAAGAACAUUCAUUUGUGAUAUGUGAGUGUGUUAUGAUAUGUGAGUGUGUUAUGAUAGGACCCGAAUUUAAGAGUUUGACGUGGUCAGCACAAGGAAAAGAUGUUAUAGUUAUAAAUUUUCGAUGUUACGUCAUUGCAUUGUUAUCUUGACGUUAUAUAAAUGAGAUGAAUUUGGAAUCCCCAGCCUCAAGUGUUUUGGGUAUUAGCAGACGAAUUGCAUCGAUGUUUGUUCCAAGUGGAAUGUGUCAAUAUAAUUGUGUAUGAGUGAGGCUGACUUGGCAAGCCGAUUACUGACCAGCCAAAUUCUUACACUCGACAAGCCAAAUGCUGACCAGCCAAAUUCUUAUACUCGGCAAGCCGAAUGCUGACCAGCCAAAUUCUUAUACUCGACAAGCCGAAGGUUGACCAGCUAAACUCUUAUACUCGACAAGCCGAAUGCUGAUCAGCUAAACUCUUAUACUCGGCAAGCCGAAUGCUGACCAGCUAAACUCUUAUACUCGACAAGCCGAAUGCUGACCAGCUAAACUCUUAUACUCGACAAGCCGAAUGCUGACCAGCUAAGCUCUUAUACUCGGCAAGCCGAAUGCUGACCAGCUAAACUCUUAUACUCGACAAGCCGAAUGCUGACCAGCUAAACUCUUAUACUCGGCAAGCCGAAUGCUGACCAGCUAAACUCUUAUAGUCGGCAAGCCGAAUGCUGACCAGCUAAACUCUUAUAGUCGGCAAGCCGAAUGCUGACCAGCUAAACUCUUAUACUCGACAAGCCGAAUGCUGACCAGCUAAACUCUUAUACUCGGUUUAGAUAUCCCUAACAACAUAACAGACCCAUGUAAGAUUAUAUUAUUCUGUAGGUGAGAGAAUCGUGUCUGUACGGAUGAAAGUGUGUGUAAAAUGACACGUAUACCAGUAAGUAAACAAAGUCAAACACCUAACGCAAUGGAAUAUAGUCAUAAUGUCAUCUUUAUUUUACAGCUUAGAGGGUAUUUAUUAUUAAAUAUGAUUCUAUGAAUAUGAUUUUCUGUUUUUACGUUGACAUAUGGGAGUACUUACGAAAGUGUGAGCUUUCUGUUGAGAACAUUUCAUUUAAACAUUUUGAUAUAAAUAUUUGUUUGAUAUUUUAUAACUUACAUGUAUACAGUGUUAAUAAACUGUUAAUUGUUCA